AGAAAAAAAACAAUAAUUUAUAAUAAAAUAAUUAAAAAUUACCAAUGGCAAAAAAAAUAAUAGCCCUUUCUGCUUUAAUUACUUUGGCACUUUCAGGUGCAUUUGCAGCAGAUGUUCAAUACUCUGUUGUUGCUUUUCCUACUGGUAACCAAAAUGUAGCUGUAUCAGUAGCAGGGCAAGUUGUUCCUCUUCAAAAGAGUCCUAUUCAUUCAAAUAUCUUUACCGGAAAUGCACCCUUUGGUGAUACUUAUCAAUAUGUUCUCAAUGAUGGUCAAAAGAAUAUUCCCGAAUCAACCACCCGAAAGCUUACUCAGGGGGCUACAUCGACUGGUAAUGAAUUCUUUAAUCGUUCUCGGACUAUCUACAAUGUCCCUAGCCUUCCUCAAGCAUAUAAUCCUAUUUAUCCCACUUUAUUUACAAACUUGAACAAAUCAAAUGAAAUUGCUACUAUUAUUAUGUCGGUCAAUGCUACAGCAUUAGAUGCUUUCCAUAAAGCACCUACAGAGAAAUUAGAUGAUGCAUUGGUUUCUGAUUUCGUUUAUAUUAGCAAUAAAGAAGUCUUUACUAUUAAAAAUGGUGGAUUAUCAACAAGUGGACAAUCUACAAAAGAUUUUUCUAAACAAUCCUGGGCCAUUGAUUUCAAUAAAUAUAACAAGAAUGCAACCACUAAAAAUCUUCUUUAUGGUCGUACUUCAUUAAAACUUCGUGCUGAAGAAACUGAUGCAACACUUGCCCGUGAAAAAUUAGUUCUUGAUAUGCUUGCCGCUUCUGGUGGUGCUACCCUUUCAGGUUCAUGGGCACGUGUUUUUAUUAAUAAUGAAGCUUAUGGUCUUUUCUUAUUGAUGGAUGAUGCCUCUACUCAUCUUAUAGAUGCUAUUCUUCAUGGUGGCAACUUUAAAUCAACCAAUACAGGUGCCACAUAUAAGGGUAACGCUUUAAGUCCCGAAGUAGAAGGCAAUCUUGUGUACGUUGGUGAUGAUCCUACAUUAUAUUCAGAAGACAUUUAUAAACUUGCAGAUACAGGAGAAGAUAAAUCGAUUAGUAAAAAGAACAAUAGUCAAGCUAGAUUAAUUGACUUCACAAAACGUUUAAGUCAAGUGAACGCACAAGAUGCUAAAGAUGCUCAAAACCCGGGUAGUAUCGCUCAAUUGAUUGAUCCUCAACAUACACUUAUUCAUAUGGCUAUUAAUUAUCUUAUUGGCUCCUGGGAUGGUUUCUGGUAUCAAGCUAGUAAUUACUAUCUCAAUGAAGACCUUGCCACUAAAAAAUGGACUCUGAUUACUUAUGACUUUGACGAAACCUAUGGCAAUGGUAUGGAAGAUACAAGCAUGAACACUGUCUCUUAUAAAAACUAUUCUCGUCCUGGAUCCAAACGUCCCUUGGUUGAUGUCUUUUUAAAUAAUGCUUAUUAUGACAGUGUCUUUCAAGAUAUCUUAAAGACGAUUGUGAAACGAUUCUUCAAGCCCAGUGUAGUAGACCCUAUCCUUACGGCCUGGUCGGAGAUGUUGAAGGAAGAUAUCAUCUGGACUCGUACUAUCUCAGGUCGAUCUCCUGGAAUAAAGACAGCAUUUACAGUUGAAGAUUUCCAAAAUGGUUUACUUGGUAAUACGUCCUCGAUUCGUCAAUGGGUCAAGAACCGUUCCACUUCACUGAUGCAACAACUUAAAUUUAAUGAUACUGAUGAUCUUCCUGCUUUGCCUCCUUACACUGCUGGUACAUACUUGGAUGCUAAUGGAAAUGUAGCCAGUAACAAUGGUACAGUCGUUGCUGGCAACGGUGCCAAUGGUAUUGCUCCCAGUGGUGGUAAUAAUAAUAAUAACAACAACAACAUGAAGAACAAUUCCUCUGCCAAUAAUAACGAGAGUAGUAGUGCAUUACCUACUAUCAAGAUUUCCAAGGAAGCUAUCGUAAUGGCUAUUGUUUCAGUACUUGCUAUCACUCUUUAAAUUAAACCAUCUCCAUUUACUGUUAUUAUUCAUCUUUAAUAAAUAAAUAUGAUAUACAUGUUUAAAAAAAGAAAAAAAAAAGGCUAUUUUUAGUACGUUGUAUGUAUGUUCUUUCUAAAUAGACGUAAUGGAAUAAAGUUAAUAGUAUACAACAUUACAUCGUUU